AUGUCCUUCGACGAGCUCGAAGAAUUCUUCUUUGGCAUGCCGGACCUGGACACUCCAUGUCUUCCUCAGCAGCAGCAGAAGCAGCAGCAGCAAGCAGCCUCCCUGCCACCCUGCCAACGUCUACAGAGCGUACCUCUCGAGCGCUGUGACAGCUCAGGGGCCCAAUCGUUCCAGUCGACGACCACCUGCGACUCGUACCAUAGCGCACCCAUGGACAUGGGCUCCUGGGACGGUCCGUUCAGUCCGUACAGCUCCUUUGACCCAAACAUGAACAUGCUCAGCCCAGCCACCGCCUAUGGAACGAGCUGGGCCUUGGUCUCGCGCCUCACAACACCCCUUUCGCUUCCCACCUCGCCAGGCAUGGACUACACAAUCUCCCCUGCAUCUUCCUUCGACCCUUCGCCCAGCCUGCCACCGGUCGCGCCGACCUCGUUCCCAAGUCUGGCCAUCCCCGAGCUGGACCUCGCCGCUCAGUGUCCUUACUCCGCUGCGGCUGCGGCUGCUCCUGCUCCUGCUCCUGCUCCUCCAUCUCCCCCGUCUCUCUCCCGCCAACGGGCACUCUCCAGUUCUACCAAUAUCCCCUGCCCCCACUGCCCUCGGCAGACCCCAAAGGCGUUCAAGCGCCGUGCCGAUCUGAGUCGGCACAUUACCCACAUGCACUCUGUCCCCACGCAGAACUACCCGUGCGACUACUCGCGGUGCUCACGACGCCAAGACCCCUUCCAUCGCCGCGAUCACUACAGGGACCAUCUACGCGAGUUUCACAGGGAGGACAUUGAGAAGCGGGGCGUGGACGAGGGCGAGGCGUGGUAUCAAGGCAGGAACGUCGUCAAGGCCUGGUGGAGGUGCGGCCGCUGUCUGUGCCGGGUGAGCGUCGGGCGCUCUGGAUUCGAGUGCCAUGAGUGUGGUGGCGUCGCGGGAAGGAAGAGGCGGGAACUGCGAGCAUGA